AUGGACUUCAUUUGUAUCUUUGACAACUUGCAACUUGGUUCUAAGAUUGACUCUACUAGUUUUUUUCUUCGUUUGAGGGGUGUACCAUUUGAGUGCAAAGAGGAUGAUGUUCUUAAGUUCCUUCAUGGUAAUCUAGAUUUGUUUUCACCUAAAAGAUUAUUCGAGGCAUCUGAAGAUGAGGCUAAGCGGAAUGCUGGCUACCAAGUCAAAAGCGAUGGGACAGUGAGAUUACGUGGUCUUCCUUAUGAUGUCAAAAAAAGUGACAUUAUUGAUUUCUUUUGGGGUAUGUCAAUUCUUCAUUCUAUUACUAUCUGCCUCGAAAUUGUACCUGACGGUAUUGGGUUGUUGGUGGACCACAAUGGGGAGCCGAAUGGGGUCGCUUUUGUGCAAUUUGCUUCACUUGAAGAUGCAGAACGGGCGCUCGCAAAGAGUGGAGAAAGAAUCGGGAACAGGUAUAUCGAGGUAUUCCCCAGCAGCCUAACUGAGGCGAAUCAAACUAUCAAAGGUCAGCUCAGUGAAAAUUACUCCCGCGCCCCAUUACGCGGAAAGUCUCGUGAACAAUCAAGGAAUCAGAACUAUCCUCCUCCUGGUAUUGCAUGUGCCGCUCUGGAUUGGAGUCGCGAUGGUUCCCGAUACAGAAACAGGAGUAGGGAUCGUAGCUGGGAUCGGAGUCGAGACAGAGAUUGUUUCUACGUUGAUAGACGCGGAGGACAAGCUGGCUACGGAGGCUAUGGUGGCAACUUUUACAAUGGUUGUUCACAAUUCAAUGGGAAUUACCGUUCAAGACAGGAUGACUAUGGAUACGGAUAUGGAUAUGGCGGAGCCCGAGUCACACGUGAUGGUCCUUAUGGUUAUGCAGGAGUCAAAGCACUACGCACUACACGGCACACAGUGCGCAUGCGGGGUCUUCCUUUUUCAGCAACUGAGUCUGAUGUUAUCGGCUUCUUCAGACCCGUUCAGGCCGUCGCUGCGCGUAUUGAAUAUCAACGUCCUGGUCGACCAUCUGGUUAUGGGGAGGCCGACUUUACCUCCCAUGAUGAGGCCCUAGAGGCGAUGAAACGUGACCGGGAGCAAAUGGGUAAUCGGUACAUAGAACUUUUCCUCCAUUCCGAAAGCAAUUGA